CCCCGUGCGGUCCAGGGCGGCGAGCUUUUCCCACGGCGCGGGGGGCCAGGUGGCGCACCUGCCCGGCAGCCCGCCGCCCGCUCCCUGCAACUUGCCCUCCUCGGCCCGUUCCGACUCCCGAGAACUGACGAGGCAUCGGGCAUCAGCACGCCUACGACACGCUAGGAAAAGAAGCUUCCACUCCCCCUCGGGCCCUCCCUCCCACUAGCUUCAGCUCACCACUUCACCAGUUCACCUGCCCCGACUCCCCCCAUCCGGUGAUUCCGUUGCCGUGGGUCCGUCGCCAUCGCGCCGCGCGCCACUUCCACUGCAGUUCCCACCCUUUUCCCCCUCCUUUCAUUGCCGUCCCGGCUCGACGUGCAUCCUCGGCACGCACGCCACCGCGGGGAGUGAGGAGCAGCACAGCGUAGUGCUAUAAAUGGGCAGACAUGGCUCCAGCAGCGGCCUCGCUUUCCCAGUUUGCUCGCGCCCCCCACCUCAGCUCAACGUCAUCCCGCCGCUCUCCAAGCCAGGCACCGCCAUGAGUCCGGGAGGUGGGCGUCGCGUGGGCGGCGCCGGCGACAAGAACAACCCGCCCCCGCAGGGAGUGCACCCGCGCUACGUCCCCAAGAGAGGGGCGGUGCUGAAGGGGAUCGUCCGCGGCGUGCUCCGCUGCUUCCUCCCCGCCUCCAGCGCGCCGGCGGGCUCCGGCGGCCGCCGCGUGCGCCCGGCGCCGGUCGAGAUGACCUUAAGCGAUCCUUGAGGGUUUAAAGUUCUUGAUUGAAAAGCUAUUUCUCUCAUAGGGAGCGAACUCUACAGGUGGGAGUAUAUGCGGAGAGAGACGAGCAGCAAGUGCAAGCUUCCACUCAACGAGCAGCAACAGGUGCACGGGAAGAUCUUCAGGAAGAUGCCAUGGGAAAUGAUCAGGCUUCUAAAUGGUUUUUUUUGCCAAUAAUCUCACAGGUCCAGGUCGUGGGUUCACUUACAGACAAUAUUUCUUAUUCUGUAAAAGUUUCUUCAAGAUCUCGUAAUUUCUAAAUUUAACACGACGAGAUGUCACUUCUGUACAUGGAACGAGUGAUUGCAAUAACUGGCAGUUAUGCAGUAGCAUGUAA